GUGGCAUCCUGCCAGGCGCACGCGCGUUCAGGGAAGCCGUGCGACCUGCAACUAUGGCUACCGCACCAGUCCACCCCGCAAGCCUACGGCUGCGGUUGCUCCUCUCGCCCUUGAAGUCCAGGAUCCAAGUGCCCAUGGCCCAGCGCGCAACCGCCUUUAGCACUGCCGUAACGUCUGCCAAGAUACCUGUGAAUGGCGUUAACCUGCAUUAUCAUCGGGUGGGAGAAGGGGAGCACGCACUCCUUUUACUCCCGGGGAUGUUGGGAACUGGGAAGACCGAUUUUGCGCCUCAGCUACAGAACCUAAAUAAGCAGCGUUUCACAGUGGUGGCCUGGGACCCUCGGGGAUACGGAUAUUCCAGACCCCCAGAUCGAGAUUUCCCACGGGACUUUUUUGAAAGGGAUGCAAAGGAUGCUGUUGACUUGAUGAAGGCGCUGCAGUUCAAGCAGAUCUCCCUCCUGGGCUGGAGUGAUGGCGGCAUAACUGCGCUCAUUGCUGCUGCAAAGUACCCAUCUUAUAUCCGCAAGAUGGUGAUCUGGGGAGCGAAUGCCUACGUCACGGAGGAAGAUAGCAGGAUUUACCAGGGUAUCCGAGAUGUUUCUAAAUGGAGCGAGAAGGCAAGGAAACCUCUGGAAGCCCUAUAUGGAUAUGACUACUUUGCCAAAACCUGUGAGAAGUGGGUGGACGGCAUAAACCAGUUUAGGCAUCUGCCAGAUGGUAACAUCUGCCGCCACCUGCUGCCCCUGGUCCAGUGCCCAACCCUCAUCGUGCACGGGGAAAAGGAUCCACUGGUCCCACGUUUUCAUGCCGACUUCCUUCUCGAGAACGUGAAAGGGUCUCGGCUUUCCUACCAGUUUUCCUGGAGAACGUGAUUGUUUGAAAGCCACUCAGUGAAGCAUGUGGAUCCCUUUGUUGUCUCGGCUGCAUCUGAUGCCUGACGGCAAACAUAACCUGCACUUACGCUUUGCCGAUGAAUUCAACAAGUUGGUAGAAGACUUUCUACAGUGAGAUUCCAGGAAGCCUUCGGUGUCUGGGGGAUUCUGUACUGAAGGACCAUGCCAACCCUGUUACCAGGAUGCUCCACAUGGCCUUCUCUUGCUUUUCACCUCAGUUCACAGACAGAACGGUCAGGUUUUUUAUACUCCCUAUGGUGUAACUAUGCAAGCAAGAAAAACUGCAUACCCAAAUCAGGUUAUAGUUUCAGUGGCUGCAAAAACAUGAAUAUUGGCGUUUUUAACAUUAAAUCGUGAGUUUCUAUCAUUGUCCUGAAAGCAAAUUCUUUUAUCGAAAGGCAAAUUUUACCGUAAUUUGUUUUCAAAUAAAUUUCAUGGUAAUCAUC